AAGCAGGGCGAGCAGCGGCUGGGAGUUCACCUGUGGCGGCGGGGGGGCGGGGGGAGCCGGCGCAGGGCAGGGGCUUCGAGGCGCCCGGGUCGGGGACUGGAAGCGAGGCCGUGGCAGCUAUGAUACACUUUAUACUGCUUUUCAGCCGACAAGGGAAAUUAAGACUUCAAAAGUGGUUUAUUACGCUGCCUGAAAAAGAGAAGAAAAAGAUAACCCGGGAAAUUGUGCAGGUUAUUCUGGCUCGCAAUCAGAAAAUGAGCAGUUUUGUUGACUGGAAAGACCUCAAGCUUGUUUACAAAAGGUAUGCUAGUUUAUAUUUCUGCUGUGCAGUAGAGGAAGAGGAUAAUGAGCUCUUGACGCUAGAGAUUGUCCAUCGUUACGUAGAGCUUUUGGACAGAUAUUUUGGAAAUGUGUGUGAGCUAGAUAUUAUCUUCAACUUUGAAAAGGCCUACUUUAUUCUUGAUGAGUUUCUAAUGGGAGGAGAAAUUCAAGAAACUUCCAAAAAAUCUGCAGUGAAAGCCAUAGAAGAUGCUGACAUGUUACAGGAGACUAUGGAAGAAUACAUGAGCAAGCCUGCCUUUUAACUAGGACCUGCAUAAACGGAAGACGCUGCCCACCAUGUAUAUGUAAAAUUUGCCUUUUUCUAGGUGACAGAUUCUUUGAGAAACACACAAACCCUCCAUAAAACCCCCAAAGGAAUAUGUCCAUGUAACAGUCAAGAUAAAGGUCAGCUACAGUGGCACAUAUGUAACAACAUACCUGUAUUAUACCUAGAUAAAGUUUCUUGUAGCUUAAUCUAACAAAUGCUUUGUUUCUAGAGCAAGUCUUCGCCAUCAACUACUGCAUUCCAACAAAUUGAUACUAGAACACUUGAAGGAUAUAUUUAUAUGACUUUGGGUCAAUUUCUGACCAAUUCAGUAUAAUUUUGUAAAAAAAAAAGCCAUUUAUUUUGAAUGUGAUCAGUUUUCUGGAUUAAUAAUGAUGAUGAUUUUCCAAAAACUUCA